AUGCAAGUUGCCCACAACGUGUCCGAGUUCCAAGAUGGUGAAGAACGGAUUUUAGUAUUAAAAGAUUCAUCUGUCCUUGAGAAUGAAGAGGAAGGAGAUCAACUGAUUUCGAUUCAACUAGAGGAACAGAAUAGGCUUAAAAAGAAUCUAGAAAAUAAAAAAAAAAAACCUGUAUACACUGGGUACGAUGACGAAGAAUUCAAUUUUGGUGGUGGGGUGACCAAAAAAAGCAUUCUAUCGCAUUACGACGAAGAGAUUGAGGGGGAAAAACGACAUGGGUUUACAUUGGGCAACGACGGUACU